AUGGCGGUCCGCAGGUUGAUCGGAGACGUCAGCACGAAGGUACUAGGGAAGCAUAAGCUCGAAAACAUCGACGCUGUGGCGGUGAACAACAUACCGGUGACUUGUGACAUAUUCGACAGACUUCGGUACGGGGAAUGGCUGAAUGACGAUAUGAUCAACCUCGCUAUAAAUAUAUCAGACAAGCCCGACUUCGUGAACCACGGCUAUAGUGUCCCGCUAGACCAUGUCGGUAAGACUAGAACGGUAGCACCUAUCAACCGACCACUCGCGGCUUGGGCUCGACGGGUCAACCGCCUUCGUGAAGGGGGAAAAACCGAGUUUCAAAGUACGACUCCGUUGGUAUACUUCUGCCCAUUGAACCAUUGUGGUACACACUUCACGCUACUUGAGAUCAACGAUCAGGAGCGGGUAAUCCGUCACUACGACUCAAUGGCGGAUCAAGCCACGAUUAACGGUUGUGGAAAGCAGACGAGAGUCGCUCGGCUGGUAGAGGUGAGAUCUCCCUUGAUGUUGAGAACGACAACCGUCCUGACACGAAUGCAGGAAGAGUUCGCAGACAUGAAAUAUGCCUACAUUGAAGCGCAGGCCGACACCUGGAGAUGUGGUAUCAGGGUUAUCUGGAAUUUCAAGUUGUUGUCGAAUGGUAUUCCCAUCGGAGGAUGGGAUAUUGUGCUGAAUCCCGAGCGAAUUAAGAUGGAGCUUGUGGAAGGCUUUCACAUUUCUGUACAGGAGGAGGCUAUGAGCAAAUACAUGAAUGAGUGGAGUGAACCUUCCAGCCAUUCGGAGCAAAGUUGCGCCAAGCAGUCAAAGAAGCGCUGUUGGAUGAAUUCGUCGGCACUCGCUCAACGGCCAACUCGAAAGCACCGCCAAUAA